GUUCUCGGUAUUUGGCCUGGGCUCUCGGGCAUACCCCCAUUUCUGUGCCUUUGGGCAUGCAGUGGAUACCCUCCUGGAGGAGCUGGGAGGGGAGAGGAUUCUGAAGAUGAGGGAAGGGGAUGAGCUCUGCGGGCAGGAAGAAGCUUUCAGGACCUGGGCCAAGAAGGUCUUCAAGGCUGCCUGUGAUGUGUUCUGCGUUGGGGAUGAUGUCAACAUCGAGAAGGCGAACAAUUCCCUCAUCAGCAAUGACCGAAGCUGGAAGAGGAACAAGUUCCGCCUUACAUACGUGGCUGAAGCUCCAGAGCUGACCCAAGGUCUUUCCAACGUCCACAAAAAGCGAGUCUCAGCCGCCCGGCUCCUCAGCCGCCAAAACCUGCAGAGUCCUAAAUCCAGCCGGUCAACCAUCUUUGUACGUCUCCACACCAAUGGAAAUCAAGAGCUGCAGUACCAGCCAGGGGACCACCUGGGUGUCUUCCCUGGUAACCACGAGGACCUCGUGAACGCCCUCAUCGAGCGACUAGAGGAUGCGCCUCCAGCCAACCACAUGGUGAAGGUGGAGAUGCUGGAGGAGAGGAACACGGCUCUGGGUGUCAUCAGUAAUUGGAAGGAUGAGCCUCGCCUCCCACCCUGCACCAUCUUCCAGGCCUUCAAGUACUACCUGGACAUCACCACGCCACCCACUCCCCUGCAGCUGCAGCAGUUCGCCUCCCUGGCCACCAAUGAGAAAGAGAAGCAGCGGUUGCUGGUCCUCAGCAAGGGGCUGCAGGAAUACGAGGAGUGGAAAUGGGGUAAGAACCCCACCAUGGUGGAGGUGCUGGAGGAAUUCCCGUCCAUCCAGAUGCCGGCCACGCUUCUCCUCACACAGCUGUCGCUGCUGCAGCCCAGUUACUAUUCUAUCAGCUCCUCUCCUGACAUGUACCCCGACGAGGUGCACCUCACUGUGGCCAUUGUCUCCUACCACACCAGAGAUGGGGAAGGACCGAUUCACCACGGGGUGUGCUCCUCCUGGCUCAACCGAAUACAGGCUGAUGACGUAGUCCCCUGCUUCGUGAGAGGUGCUCCUAGCUUCCACCUGCCUCGAAACCCCCAGGUCCCUUGCAUCCUGGUUGGCCCAGGCACCGGCAUCGCGCCCUUCCGAAGCUUCUGGCAACAGCGACAAUUUGACAUCCAACACAAAG